CAGUAUCUUUUAUCAACUUGUUGGAGAGAAAUCUGCCUUCUGAAAAUCUAAGCUCUUGCUAGAAAACCAUACAGCUAUGAUUUGGAUCGGAGGCCUCACAGGAUUUUGGAUAAUUGCACUGCUGACUCUUAAUAGUGCAAAUGUGGGAGAGACCAAAAGAAACUUUCUAAAUGAGCCUGACGUCCCUUUCCCACCUGCCCGUCCCACUGCUCAGAACCUCGCUGCCAUUUGCUAUCAAGGUCAGGGUCGUCCCAGAUACCCAGCCAGCUUCUUCCCGAGCUCUGGUGCCAGCCACUUCUGCCGCCGUGGAAAGGCCAUCAACCGUUUGGAGUCGUGGUACACGGUGUGCUGCAGUACACUGGCAGCAGAGCAGAGCACCCAGAUACUCUGCUGCGCCGAACAAGCUUGGAAACAAGCCCUGUCCCAGUUCUGUGUGGAGGAAUACUCCACCAUGACUGUCCCAUAUGAGUGCUGUGCGGACAGAGGAGAAGCUCAGUGGAUGUGCUUUGACAGAGAGCUGCCAAACCCAGACUACUACCCAACACCAGGCUACACUGCACCCCCGGCCCCCCUGGAGCCAGGAUUCAUCUUCAGUCCAAAUGCUUGUUAAAGAUAUAAAAAGACAACAACAAAGUAUGUGCACAGGUCCCAUUUGGACAAACCUACAUCACAUAAAAUGUACAAGCUGAAGUAGUAAUGUUGUGCAGAUCUUUAUCACAGAUGCUCAGAGGAGGACGGGGCAUGCUGGUUGUGUUUCUGCUGCGUAGGGAUGAUAACAGCUGAAGUCAGGUUUUUGUUUGAUAACUCUGUAUUUUAACCAAGCUUUGUCACGAGAGCAACACAAUUUUCUUAAGUGCAAAUGUUUACUGUUGUAACUCAAAUGCGUGGAUUUCACAGUUACUGACAUGUAUUCUUUGUUAGAGACAAAUGAAAACAAUGAAAUAAAGACAUAAAAGUUCUCA